ACUGUAGUAGCAUUAAUAUUUAAAUGAGAUAUUUAGAAAGGAUUGACUGCUCUAUUUUUUACUCAAAUACUUCUCAACAUUUAAAAGCGCCUGUAUAUUAGAAUUUAUCAAAAUAUUAUAUUGGAAUUGACAUUUAUUAAUUGAUGUGAUCUUUAUUUUUUUAGCUCCACUACGUCUUGUGAUCGUCUACCGAUGUCAAAUAUUAGCAAUAUUUGCCCUCCAGUAAAUGAUAUUAUGGUGUGAUCAGCACAAACCUCAAAGUUCUCCUCAAAGUAUUUUUAUGCCAACUGGUGAUUUCUAUGGAGAUAAUAGAUCAAGGUGCAGCAAAUAAAUCCCAAAAUGAAAACUUGGUCAUCAAAAAGAGGCGAAAGCGUAAGGCCUGCAGUGAACUGCCCUUUAAAACUGUUAAAUCGAAGCACCAGUUAUCUACGCGUGAAAAGGAUGACUGUUUUAACUUUAAUGUGGAACUUGAAGACAUGUGUCAUAAAAAAGAGGAUUACGAUUUAGAGGGACGACGAAUUGUCUCUAUUAAGUACCUCUUGCAUUAUCUGCAAGCAGUUGCUGAUCACAGUAAUGAAUCCUUUGGAUGCAGAUUUUCACAUUUAAAAUGCGUAGGUGAGACAAGAAAAGGAUUCAUUUUAACGCUGCACAUGAAAUGCCAAAUGUGCAACGCAGAAUUUUAUAUAAAGACCGAUGAUCCAAAGGCUAAUUACAACGUCAAUUAUGGCAUUGUCGCGGGCACAAUUAGUAUAGGUUGUGGCCUCCAAAAUUUGAACGAAUUAGCGACAAACACUGAUAUACCUGCUAUGUCAAAACAACUAUACAACAAAACAAGCCAAGUUGUUUAUGACUGGUUUCAUAAAACGGCAGAAGAAGAAAUGCGGAAAGCUGGAGAAGAGGAAGCGAAACACGCAAAAGAAAUUGGAAGCGUCGACAGUGAUGGAAAUCCCAUGAUAACGAUAAUUGCUGAUGGCUGCUGGUCAAAAAGAUCAUUUCGCAACAAUUAUGCAGCUGCUUCUGGUGCAGCAGCAAUUAUAGGUGCUUAUACUGGAAAACUAUUGUACUUAGGAAUAAAAAACAAGUACUGCAUGAUAUGUGCUCGAGCAGUUAAUAACAAAACGAAGCCUAAAGAACAUAAAUGUUAUAAACAUUUCACAGGAAGCUCAUCCAGCAUGGAGUCAGCUGCAUUAGUUGAAGGCUUUAAAACUUCACUGGAUACACAUGGUUUGAUUUAUGCGAAACUGAUUGCAGAUGGGGAUUCAAGCACUAUAAAAAAAAUUUUGGCUAGCAAUCCCUAUAAAAAUAUAAAAGUUGAAAAGAUUAAUUGUAGGAAUCAUCUGUUAAGAAACUUGUGCACUAAAUUGCGCCUUCUUAUAAAAGACACAAAUUCCUUUACAACAAAGAAAACUUUUUACAGAGUCAAAAAUAAUGAAGUUGAGAAGAUACGUUGUACGCGCAAUAAAAAUAAGAAAACAUGCAGAAGAUUCUCACGAUGUAAAGAUAUCCAAUCUAAACGCAGAUAUUUAUAAUACCUUACACCACGCAUUAGGAAAUCACACUAACUGUGAAGAUCAGAUUUGUCCUGCAACUGACAAACUAGAUACAGACGUGACACAAUCUUUACAAAACACCGCUCUUUGGUUAAAAAUGAGCCAAUCCAUAUCAUAUUUGGCGUCAAAUGCCAAAAGCCUUAUUUUUGAUGUAGAUAGCAAUAUAGCUGAAACAUUUAACUCAGUUAUAGCAAAAUAUGUUGGUGGUAAGAGGAUAAAUUACACUUUAAGAAACUCAUAUCAAGAGAGGUGCUCAGCUGCUGCCAUUUCGUUUAAUACCAAAACACCAAUCACUGCAAUUAACAGGUUCGUAUUUAAUAAACCAUCUAGUAAAUAUGUAAAAAUAUUUGAGACAAACAAAACUAAACAAAAGAAAUAUACAAGACAGUUUCGGAAAAAGUUUCGGAUUGCUUCUAAAGUAAAAGACCCAGAUUAUGGUGCGAACGCUCAACGCCCAGACAUGAGUGAAGAAGUAUUUGAAGUUUCAAAGCAACACUUUUUAAGAGAAUUAGAAGUCGCCUUAGAAGAACGGGAGAAAAUUCAGAGAAAUACUUUGCAACAGAGUGAUAGCCAAGACUGGACAGAGCAAAGAAAAAAGCGGCUGACAGCAUCAAUGUUUGGAAAAAUUUGUAAAAGGAAAAAAUAUAUUAGCUGUGCCCCAUUAGUUAAAUCGAUAGUUUCAUCUAAAAACUUAUCCCACAUACGAUCAAUUCCAUAUGGAAAAGAAAAUGAAGAAAAAGCAUUACAGCAGCUGGCCCAUCAGGAAAAUAUGAACAUUUCUAAAUGUGGACUUUUUAUUCACAAGAUACACUGUUUCUUGGCAGCUACUCCCGAUGGUAUUUUUAAGAAUAAUGAAGGAAAAACGGGUGUCGUGGAAGUUAAAUGUCCCCUUGCUGCAAAAGAUAUGAAUCCUGAAAACGCAAUUGAAGAAAAAAAAAUAACGUUUUGGAAAUAUGACAAAAAAAAAAUAAUUAUUCAUUGUAGAUAAAAACCAUAACUACCAUUACCAAAUACAAGGUCAGUUAGAAGUAACUGAACAAAAUAUUUGCGUGUUUGCAGUGUGGACCGGACACCGGACCAUUUAGAAAGAGACGAACAAUUUUGGAAAACAAAAAUGCUACCUUUGUUGACGAAAUUCUGCUACGAUUGUCUGUUACCAGAGUUGAUUGAUUCGCGCAUUGAACGCACUAUGCCAAUAAAAGACCCACCAUGUAUAAUGGCAGCAAUAGAAAAGAAAAAACAAGAACAAUCCCAGAAAAGCUCACCUUUACGCAGUUAUCCCCACCCGAAAAAUUAAGUUUAAUGCGAAUGUGCGAAACGAAAGUUAUCAUUUUCUCAGUAGGUUUUUCUGUUUUGGAAUUCCUAUGGCAUUAUUUGUAGACCGAUUUCAAAAUUUAUUUUGUUGUAUAGGAAAAUGCCUUAGGUUGGUCCCAUAUCAUAAGAAUGUUCUU